GCACUUACUCAUAGAACUAGAGUUACAUUCAGUAACUACAAAUUUUCAGUAGCCGGCAUUCUUCCUCCCGCCUGUGCGUUAAGUACUCGCUUUGUGCACGCGCAUAUCAUUAUCCGCAUAAUUAAUAUCACCAGAAAAUCUGUCACACGCGGCACGAGGCAGCAUCCUGUACCAACAAACAAAAGGAUCCAAAUGGCGUUACGCUAAUGACAGGAAUCCCACUGAAUGUAACGGAACACUCAAACAGAAUCGUCUCUGUCGCAGGUGAAAAUUAAUAUUUACAGAAACCGCGGGGAAGUCGCCGUUGUUGUUGCUUCUGUCGAGUUAGCUGCGCAGAACAGUCAAGAAUGGAGCCAUCAGAGCAAUCAGGCCCAGACUCGGACUCUCAGGAUGUCAACCCUGUGUUUCUGCAGCAGCUCAGAGAGCUGGACAUCCCGGAGGAGGCAGCCAAACAGGCACUCCUGCACACUCGGAACGUGUCUGCCGAGGAGGCGGCCAUGUACUACUUCAACAAGCUGGAGAAUGAGGAGGAAGGAGAUGAUGACCUCAUGUUCAAGAUGGUGUUUGUGGUGAACAUGGAUCUUGCCAUGGGUGUUGGAAAGGUGGCAGCCCAGGUUGGCCAUGCUGCUGUGGGUUUGUACCAGGCUCUACAGGAAAAGAACAGCUGGAGGGAGAUGGCUUGGAAGUGGGACCACAGCGGAGCCAAGAAGGUGGUACUCCAGGGCACAAAUGUGGCUCAUCUACUGGAACUGCAGGCCCUGGCUAUGAGCCUCAGUCUGCCCACUUACCUGGUCCAGGAUGCAGGGCUUACCCAGGUGGAGGCUGGGUCCCGCACUGUCCUGGCCAUCAUGGGUGAAGAGGAGAUGGUGAACAAUGUCACUGGGAGCCUGAAGAUACUCUGAGAGGCUCAAGCCCACAGUGGGGAGGCAUGGCUCUGCAGUGCCAGUGUGCAAACAGCAGAGGGCAGAAUUUCCCAACAACAGGGAGAGUCUUGGCAUGCAAGAGUGUAACAACCUUUAAAAAAAAAAAAGACCUAAAGAACAAGGGGGAAAACAAGACAUGUCCCAGCACCAGAAAACAAACACUCUCAGCCAUUUGUUUCCCUUUCAUUCUUUGUCUGAGCCGCUUAGUCGGCUGUUGAGAGCAGGAGGGGGGGAGAGAGACUGGUUCCUCACAAAGGAACAAGACAAAGGCAGUUCAAAUUUCUUUUUCUGGUGACCUUUCUCUUUUCUAAACAGGCCACCAACUUAGUCUUAUUAGAAUCUUAAUCAUUUUUUUUUCAAACACAUUUAGUCUGUCGUCCAGUUUCAGAUAUGACAAAGUCAAAUCAAGUAGUUUUGGUUGCUGACCAAUAUUAUAGCUCUGCUUAUUCAAGAGGCCAUGUACUAUAGACUAAUACAUAAUGUAAUUAGAAUUAUACCCAUAGCAGAUGUAGUAUUUGCCUGUUGUAUUCACUACCCCUGAUUGAAGGGUAACUUAUUAACUGAUCAUAUGUGAACACUCAUUUCUGACAUUUAAAUGAUUUUGUGUCUGUAUGCAACUAUUCUCCCAAAGAUCCCUAUCCUGUAGACUCAAUAACAUUACCUAUUAUUGAUAAAUGGCUAUAUUUUAUAUACAUACGCCUGUUAGAGCCAUAUACUGUAUAAUCUGUGGUGUGCCAUCCUAAACAGUAUGCACAAUUACUGGACUUUGUUGGGGUUUUUUUGUUUUUUUUUCUUAAUACAAAAGAGAAAAUUCCUAAAUUAUAAUUUUUGGGAUAUUUGAUAUGUGAUAUUUGAUAUGUGAUGGUGGACAAGAAGCUCUGUUGAGCCAAAACAUCCUGUAGAAAAGGUCUGUGCUGGGCCCAGCUUUAUGCACUCGGACUGCCUGUGGUGGAUAAGUUACAGUUAUAAAUUUUAACAAACCUAUAGCUUGAGAAAAUGCUAAAUGAUUGUUAUUGUGACUGUGUGAAUAGUCUUGCACACUAAUAAUCUUAAGUAUUAGUUCUCACCACCAGAUGUUUGUGGGCAUGAGCUGCCACUCCCAGAAUUCUUAGCUUAAUGUCAAGGACUUUCUUUGUAACAGAAAUCGUGGCAGUGUCGUGCAUGCAAUAUGAAAUGUGUAUUUGAACAGACCGAUUGAAACCCCUAAGUUGUAUCAGUUUUCGUAACACGUCCACACUUUGAUACCUCUUGUGUUAUUCAGUCAUUUGUGUGAGUGCUUCAGACUAUGGAGACCAUUAAAACGCCUUCAGAUGGAA